AGGAUUUCCCAGCAGCCGUCGGGAUCGAAUCCAACGACCAAUGUCGCUUCCUAAUCCAAUCGUCCCCUCUUCGCGCAUCAUGUGACAGCCUCCGUUGGAAACAGCCUACGAGGGACGUGAGGAGGAGAUGGAGGAAGGGGACGAGAAGGCCUUCCGAUAAUGGCGUCGCUCCGCAGUCCCUCGAUCCGAUCGGAACCCUAAUUUGAUCUUCUACCUGCUGUUCGAUCCUUCUCGCUCCGGUUGAGUCCUUGCGAGGAGCUCCUUGGUUCUGGCUCUCGAGCCCAUGCGACGCUGGAUCUCCGCUACGCCCCUCCCGAGAGAGGAAAUCCAAGUUCUCGGUUGGUGCCCCUGCCUCUAUCGAUCCGUCUUCGGCACGAAUUCCCUCGAUGGCGACCGAGACCCAUAGCCAUACGACCAGAGGACUCCUCUGCCACGCCGCCGCCGGCGCUUCCGCUGUUUGGAAUUUUCGGAUAGGUGCCAUUGCGGCUACUUUUGUUUGCCCAUUGGAUGUGAUCAAGACCAGGUUGCAGGUCCAUGGAUUGCCAAAAAUAGAUAGCAAUGGUGCUAAAGGUAGCAUCAUAAUUAGAAGUCUUGAGCAAAUAGUCAAAAGGGAAGGUGUUCUUGGCAUGUAUCGAGGAUUGUCACCAACUGUUUUGGCGUUGCUCCCUAACUGGGCUGUUUACUUUACAGUCUAUGAACAAUCAAAAAGCUUACUUUCUUCAAAUGAUGGAAACCAUCAACUAUCUAUAGGUGCCAAUAUGUUUGCUGCAUCCGGUGCUGGAGUUGCUACUACUAUUGUGACAAAUCCACUCUGGGUUGUCAAGACAAGAUUCCAAGCUCAAGAACUUAGGGUGGGCAUGGUUCCUUAUCAGGGCACACUAAAUUCAUUGAGGAGAAUAGCCCAUGAAGAAGGUAUCCGAGGGCUUUACAGUGGUCUAGUGCCUGCUUUGGCAGGGAUAAGCCAUGUUGCCAUACAGUUCCCUGCAUAUGAGAAGAUUAAAUGUUGCCUGGCUGAACGAGAUAAUACUACAGUUGAUUCGCUUACUGCUCGUGAUGUAGCUGUUGCUUCAUCUAUCUCAAAGAUAGUUGCAUCGACAUUGACCUACCCUCAUGAGGUGGUACGGUCAAAGCUUCAAGAACAAGGUUUUCAUGCUGAGAUGCAGUAUAAAGGUGUCAUUGACUGCAUAAAAAAAGUCUUUCGGAAAGAUGGUAUUUCUGGAUUUUACCAUGGUUGUGCAACAAAUUUGCUUCGAACAACUCCAGCUGCUGUAAUUACAUUUACCAGCUUCGAGAUGAUUCACAGAUUCCUAACCAAUUUAUUCCCACCCGAAUCAAAUCCACAUGUGCUGUAAUCAGGGAUGAUGCUCUGUCUACAAAAUGUUGUCCUUGAUGAACCAGCCAACACAUACAUUCUGUGCCAUGCUGCAAUUCUUUUACCUGAAGGCUGCCUUCUGGUACUGACCUUAUGACUUCAACUACAAUCAUGAGCUAUGACAAACUUCCGGUGAUGAAAAAGGAAGUAGGAAAUUUUGGAUCUAUAGAAGAACAUGUCGUAUUUGGAAGCAUAAAGCAAUUGGAUGACCACUGAAAUUAUUAUUAGUGAGCUUUUGAGUUCUUUUGGUGUUCAUUUGUUGUUACGCAAGAUUUUGCAUUCUAUAAGAACUAAAAAAAUUCAUGCUAUUUUAGGGAUGAGAUGCUGAGACAAAAUUGUCACUAGUGAACUACGAUUUUAUUUGGAGCUCAUUUUUUUGGGAUAGUUAUUGGUAAAUCAGAAUUGUAAAACUGAUGCUGAUCCAUUAUUCAUAGUCAUUUAAUAUGUUAUAGAAGACAGCAAAAUUAGUGUGCGGGUCCUA